UCUGUCUUUCUCCCUUUCUCUCUCUUCAGGUUAUAGACAUGUGUACUUGGAGGGGUUGACUGAGGCYUCAAUCUUUAUCCACGUAUCAGUUCAUGACAUCUAUGGGAAGUGGAGUCCACUAGUCCUGAACCCCAGCUUUACCAUAAUGCACUUUCUAGGAGCCAGCAAGGGUCGUCAGCUGCGAGGCAUCAGAGGCUUAUUCAACAGGUCCUCUAAGUCGUCAGUAGACACCAGCUGUGGUUCGGCCCUCAGGAAACGCUCCAUCAGUGACCACCUCCUCCGACGCACCGCCAGCGCCCCCGCCAACCGACGCAAGAAAACCAAGAUGAAGCUCGCUGAGUCCUCCACCUCCAUAUCGGACCGCAAGGCCUCCAUAUCAGACAGCAAGGACAGAGUGUGGGCCGGGGCAGGGGCUGGGGGGGAGGGGUCCCGGAACAGGGAAAGGGACAUGGAGGGGGUAAUGGUGGAAAGAUGCCCAACACCCCUCACCCACAGGCCCAUCUCCAUGCCCRUGGAGAGACUACUGCAGGGACAGCUCUCCCUCUGCUCCCCCAACCAGGAGCAGACUGACCUGGGUGCAGACACACUCAUCGGAACCUCCCCCUUUAACCAGCCCAGGUCCCACUCUGUGGAACUCAUCGUCGAAUCAUUCGCCUCCCUUGAGCACAAAGUGUCCACCCCUUCCACCAAUCACAACAACGCACAGGAUAACACCACAGAGUCUGACCAAUCCGGUGAGACCUACCUGGUCAUUGGCCGAGUAGGAGGAACUGUAGAUGAUCACUCCAAAGACCAAUCACAGGACAGAGUCAGCAAAGCUGAGGAUGUUUCUUCUCGCCAAAGGACGUUGUGUCACCUCAGCAGCUCAACAGAGACAGAGAGCAACUGUUUACACGUACCUACUGAGAGCAGACCAGAGACAACAUUACUUAGUACAACAAACACACCAGCUACUUCCUCCUCUCCUUCAUCCUCUUCCCCUGAGCCCCCCAUCUCCCUACUGAAUGUGGACCGGUCCGAUCUGCAGAGCCCCGUCCCCCUACAGGACAGCAUCAUCUCACAACUCAUUGACACCGUAUCCCUUGGCAACGACACCACCUACGGGUCUAUUUCCGCUCUGAUUGGUCAGUUUGACCUCACCGGCGACCAGAAUGAUUUCACAAUGAACUCUGACCCCCACGCCCUCAGUGUCAUGUCCUGURUGUCCCAUCCUGCUGUCUGGGACUCCAGCACACCCUAUAAGGUCACCAUAGACUAUACCACCCGAUAUAAUGACCCACAGACCACCACCUCCCCCCGCAAGGCAAUAAACGGACCUAUCACUCCUCGAAAGGCAAGCCAGACCCCUAACCACGCGAACCAGAACCUACUCCCACCCCACCCCAAGACCUCCCACACAGACCCCUCUGCCCCCCUUCUCUUCUCCAGUCCUGAGACCACGYAGCUGGAAGAGGUCUAUACCAUCCUGGAUGAGGAGGUCUUGUCUCCAGUCUCUGUCUACAACCUGAGGAAGCAGACCAUCGGCAACAUCCAGGCUGACUCUGAGGAGAGCACACCCAUGGGAAGCCUGGAGCCUUCCCCAGCCAAGGUGCCGCCUCUCCUGGGGGUAGAAGGCAAUGGCAGCUGGGUGGGCUCACGGAGGGGUGUGGUGGAGGAGACAGGACAGGGCUACGGGGGUGACUGUGAUCCUAAAGGGUUGGGGUCAGUGGGAGAGUGGGGGUUGUCGUGGGGUUACGGGUUCCCGUCCAAUAACAGCACAGUAUCUGACCAAUUCCUGUUGUGCCAUGACACGGAAGGAAGUAGCCUGAUGGAGGUGGAAGUGAACGUGGACGAGGAUCCACUGGAGAUGACCCUGACAUUACCGAGACACAACCAUACCUGGGGCGCUACCAGCCCAAUUAAAUGCUAUGCUGCUCCCCAAAGCCAGCUUACCCAACUAUACCCCUAUCCCCGGCAUGCACCCCAACUCCAGCUCCCCCAGUGUCCUUCACCCCUCAAACAGCCCUCACACCAGCCCUCCCCUCGCCAAGCCCCAUCAAUAACCCCUCAAACUCAGCCCUCCCCCUGCAAAGGGCCCCCCAUCCCCAGCCCCCUCCUCCUGAACAGCCACUCCUCCACCCAUUGCAAACACAUUACCAGAGCCUUCACCCAGCAGCACAGUUACAGUGGUCCCACCCAGUCCCAGACCAGGGGCUACCAGGGUGGGACAGGGGAAGGACAGGGUCAGGGAGAAGCGUCAGCCUGCUACCAGAAUGUGUUCUCCUCCUCAGGGUGUCUGUCUGUUGUGUCUGGUCCAAGGUCUGUUAGCCUCCCCAGAGACAGAGGCCUGUACUCCCUCAGCUCAGACUGUAGUGUGGACCACAGCCAGCAAGACUACGACUGCUUCAGACCCUCCACUGCCUCGGCCUCCCACUACACCCAGCCCCAACCCCAGCCCCAAUCACACACCCAGCCCCUUCCCCAGGCCCAACCCCAACCCAAAUCAGACACCCACCUCCAACCCCAACCCCAAUCAUAUACCCAGCUCCAACGCCUGACCCAAACCCAACCCCAAUCAGACACCCAGCCCAAGCCACAAACCCAGCUCCAACCCCAAUCUGGUCGCCCAUCACUGCCCCUUUUGGGCUCCACCCUCACCCCUCCUCUACCUAUCCUCAGACCAUCCACAGCCCCCAGCCCCUGCAAGUCCAAGUCUCUGGGUGACCUGACAUCAGAGGACAUCUCCUGCAACUUCCACAGAAAGUACAACAUUAUCAGCCGCAGCUUUAUCACCCCCUGUAUGAAGGAGCGGAGGAGGAUGAGGGGCCUUGGGGGUCUGUCUCAACGGCUGCAGUCUGCAGACCCCCUCACUGAGCAGUUACGCAAACUAGUCACCCUGGAGGGGGAUGACAGAGACCGGGACAGACCCCAGUCUCCCCAGCUGCCCCAGUUACCUCAGUUACCCCCCAAACCCUUCAUUCCCCCAUCACGCCCCUGCCCCCCCUCAAACUUUGUCCCCGAUGCCCAGGAGGAUUCCCCCCCCCUCCUCUCCCGCCGCCUUUCCUCUCGGAGCCAGAGCCGUGUCCGUCACAUCAACAAUCGCGCUCGAGAGAGGCWGCYGGAGGCUCUYAAGUCCCYGGACAUGAGCYCCCCCUCCAGCGUGGGAGGGGUAGUGCUGCGUYCUAAAGUAGCAGCAGGUCAGAACCCRCCAGCUAACAGACACUCCACAGGCUCCUACAUAGCGGGCUACCUGGACCAGCUGGAGGACAGGGGGCUGCCUGAGGGGGGGUGCACCACACUGGGGUAUGGAUUUGGAGAUCACUAUGGUGAUCAUUAUCAUGAUGACUCUUUGCUGCCCACAGACUUCUGUAUACAAUCAGAACCGGAGGUCUACUUCCUGCUCAGACUCUGAACCCACUUCCUGGUUAUCACCUACAUAGAAUGAUGUAUAAUGUACUUCCAAAAUGCAGCAAAUCAGCUUCCUGCUUAGGACAGAGGAAAAACAMAUAUCCUGGUUGGGCUGUCCAGUAAUACUUUCAGAUAUAAAGUCAACUACCUGAUUGGGUCUGACAGUCUUGACUGUAAAUGUAAAUGUUUUUUGUUCUUCUUCAUGUCCUUAUCAGAAUGUUCUUUAAAUGUAGUUUGGAACAGACUGUUAUUAAACUACUUCCUACUUUGAUUGUACCCAUUUCCUGUCCUGUCUGUUCCUGUAAUUCUACUUCRUAUUCAAGCUAACGCCAUCUACUAUAAAGCAGAAAAUAAGGAAACUUUACAAAUGUGUUUAACUCUGAAGGGAAGUGUUMUCUUGGUCUUUGUACAUUUUAAAUGUGUAUUAGUAUUAUCAGAGGCCCACAGACAUCAAUGCAAUGUCUAUUCCACGUUAGUUCAACAUUGAAAUGGCAUGGAGACAAUGUUGAUUCAACCAGUGUGUGCCCAGUGGGGGACGGACCACUUUUAAGGGAUGGGAUCUGUUUCAUCAAAGAUCUUCCUCAAGUGUUCCUUCUCCUUUGACUGUCCUCUGUGUGCUGGUGUUGUUGGUACUUAUUCUACUGUAGAUUAGUUUUUAAUUUAAGSUGUUGUCAUUUAGUUGUGCCGUUUUCUGCAUGUUAAAUGUCCAGCAUGACUAUGCAUCGAUCUGUAGACAUCACAGUGUACUACRAUCUUUUCACAGAAUAAGUAAUAGUGGGAUUGGAUGAAAUACUCGGACUUCUUGCUUGCUCUGACCUCUCACUUUCUAAGCUCUUAAACAUGAUCACAUAUUUGUAACUUUUUGAGUUUAAAUGCUUGAAUUUUUUUUACAGUUAAUUUCAUACAGGCUGCAAAAAAAGGGGGGGAAAUUGGGGGCUGGUUAUUAAAAAAAAUUGAAAUGUUUACAAGAACUGAAACACACAGUGGAAUAGGUAGAUAAGGGUUUUUCGACUGGCCCAAGUUGCAUGUUUUUAUUCUUCUUUUCAGUGUUAAACCCAUCCUUUUUUCUUUGUAUGGUCACUCGGAACAUUACUGUGAGCAUUUUCCUACUGAUGUAAUAAAAUUCAUAAAACAUUUGACUUGAA